UGUUGUUAGGCUAUGCCACAUGUUGAUUCAUAUUUCAGAAUAAUCCUUGACUCAGAGGAAUUUAGCGUGGAAGACAUCAUUGUCAGUCAAUAUUUUCAUCCCAAUCUGAACAGUUGCAGACAUGGCAAAACAAAUUACUCAACAGACAUUUGACGAAGUUGUCAAAGAGAACAUGGAAGAUUUUGACAUGUCCGUUGAUGAUGCUAUAGAAGAUGCAGUCCAGCAAUUCCAGACUCAGGGCGUGUCUUUAGACAACAUCGUAAAGGAUGGGAGUUUAUACAGUGCAGGAGGGCAGGAGGAGAUGACGUCAUCCACCCCCGUCAUCAAAGCAGUUCAGGAUCUGUCCCUUGUAUCCGACAAUGCUGAUGUUGAGGAAGUCACGUCGAUGCUGUCAGUUGUUCAGUCAGAAUGUGAUGUCGAUUUGUCUCGCAGGUGUUUGGCUGGAAGUAACAACGCCUACCCAGUCCUUUUGAAAAUGUGUCGGAAAUAUGAAGAAAAUCCUGUAAUACUAACAACUAUCUUGAAGACAUUUUGUUCCCUUGUCAAUGGACAACCAGACUUACUGGAUGAACCUGGCAGUGUGAUGUUCACAGAGUUUUUAAGAAAAUUUGUAUCAAAUGCUGAUUUGCUGGAACUUAUAAUCCGUGCUAUUAGGUUUAUGUGCAUCAAACAUGAAGAGAAUCGACAGAACUUUGUCAGCAAAGAUAUAAUUGUUAUCUUAUCUGAAUUACUUGAUGAGUCAAAGAAGAGCCCUAGUGUUGUUAAGGAAACAUGUACAUUGUUUCGUGUACUUACCAAUGAUGAUGAUGUUCGAGUCCCAUUUGGAAAAGCUCAUGAACAUGCCAAGAUGAUUGUGACAGAAGGAAAUGCCUUGGAAAGAAUUCUCAACAUUUGUAGAGAGUAUGAACAAAACAGCAACAUCCAAAGUGAGCUAUUCUCGACGCUGGCCCGCCUCGCAGUCAGAGACGAGUUUUGUAAUCAGGUCAAUGAACUGGGAGGUCUGAAACUGAUCCUGCAGGCAUUUGAAAAGAAUCUUGAUGAAAAGAAUAUUUCCAAACAAGCACUUGUGGUGCUGAAGGCCUUGGCGGGAAAUGACAAUGUUAAGACAGUGAUUGUCAAGUCAGGUGGAGUCGAGAUGAUACUUGCAGCUAUGACAAAGCACCAAGCCAAUGCCUCCAUUGCGGAGUCUGCAUGUUCGGCACUGGCAACUGUGGUGCUGCGGAACCCAGGUCAUGUUGCCAAGGUGAUGGAGUGUGUCGGCUAUCAGCAGAUUGUCCAGGCCAUGAAGAUACACAUGGAUGAAAUAAAUGUUCAGAAACAAGCCUGCAUGGCUCUGCGCAACCUUGUAGCCAGGACCCGGGACAACUGUGACAAGAUUCUGGAACAAGGGGCAGAGGUUCUGAUCAACGAGGCACGGAGACGGCACACAGGCCUUGAAGAUGAGGCAAAGGCCGCUCUACGUGAUCUGGGCUGUAAGGUGGAGCUGCAGGAACGAUGGAAGGGAGAGAAAGGACAAAUUGUUCACUGAUAGGAAACAUCAACCUUGGGUGGCAGUAGCUAUUUUAAUAUUGCCCAUUGGAAAUACCAAGUUUAAUCACACCAGUUUAUUCUGUAUAGAUCUGUGUGGAGGACCAACAUGUCUUACAAAAUGACAGUCCUUGAAAUAGACACUGCUGGGCAUUUUUGCAAAGAUGGAAACAUAGUAUACCACAUUAUGUGGACCAUUUUCCUCCUUACAAGGAGGCUCUCUAUUGUCGACAUUCGAUGAGUUGUUUGUAUCCACCUGUGCAUGGGGCGGUGGGAUAGCCCAGUGGUUAAAUUGUUGGCUCGUCAUGUCAAGGACCCAGGUUUGAUUCCCCACAUGGGUAAAAUGUGUGAAGCUCAUUUCUGGUGUCCCCCGCUGUGAUAUUGCUGGAAUAUUGCUGAAAGAGGCAUAAACCAUACUCACUCACUCACUCCUCCACCAUGUUCACAUUAUGCAUGACAAAACCACCAUUUCUAAGACAUACGCAGAAACAUUUCAUAUUAUAUCUCAGGUCCCACUUGGAUAUAACAUAAACAAGACGUAUUCCACCUCAUAUCAUUUGAGACCAUAAUUUAAAUAUUCUGCAUCAAUUUGCUUGUUUUGCAUAAGUUAUUUUUUAAAUCAAUGUUAUGUAUUUUAAGAUAUUCAUUAAAAAACUUUAAUGUAAA